ACAUUUCCCAGGGAGCCUGGAGACAGUCCCUGCCUGCAUGCAUGGGCUCUUUGCAAGAAGUUGUGUGCGGGGUGCAGGCUGCUCCUGCCCUGAGAUGGCGCAUUAGGGGUGCAGGCUUUGAGUGCAAUGGCUGAGUGUGCGGGGGAGAUAGUGUACCAGAAGGAGGGGCACCAGAAUGCUGACUGCACAGCGUCUGACGACUGCGCUCUGAUCCGCUCCUACGACCGAGCCGUCCGCUCCUGUAAGGACACCCUGGGAGCUGGCGACAAGGACCAGGCAUCCAAGAGCUCUGAGUCUUCAGCCUCCAGCGGGGCUGAGAGUGAGGGAGAUGUGGAUGAGGAGGAGGAGAAAGAGGAGGAAGGCUCCCAGUGGAAGGUGGGUGACACCUGCUGCGCCGUCUGGUCCGGAGACGGGCUUCUCUACCCAGCUCACGUCGUCUCCCUGAGCGAGGGGGGGGAGGCCUGCGUGGUGGAGUACGACCUCUAUGGCAAUCGGGAGGAGCAGCAGCUGCGGGACCUGUUCCCCCCUGAUGAGAGUCCAGACGACUCGCUGGAGCCCCGGAGAAUGUGGAAGGCGGGUGACGUCUGCAGCGCCAUCUGGUCGGAGGACGGGCUGCUCUACCCGGCCACUGUGCGGUCGGUGGACGCCACGGCGGGGACAUGCCUGGUGGAGUUUGUCGGCUACGGGAACAAGGAACAGCAGGUGCUGGAGGAGCUGCUGCCCCCGUGCGGGGCCAUGGAUGGGGACCUGGACAGCUGGAGGGCUGAAGCGGACGCCCCCAGAAUGCCCAAGGGAUGCAGCCCCAGCUUCCCCCGCGAGUCGUCCCACAGCUGGAGGAGGCAGAGCACGAAAGGGGAUUGGGCGCAUUACUUCCCCCCGCCGCCCAAGAGCGGCUCCUGGUGGCCUGGUCCCUUGCUGCCCUUCGGCCCCCGGCCUCGCAGAGCCGCCUGCCCCCCGGUCGUCCCUCCCCCUCCGCCACUGCUUCUGGACCCGCUGUGCACGGAGGACGAUGAGGGGGGCGCCCUGGCCUGCAUGCUCCUGGCCUGGUACAUGAGCGGGUACCACACUGGCUUCUACAUGGGACUCCGACAAGGCCGGGCGGAGGUGGCAAUCCCCCCUGCAAAGCAGGGACCACGGUGGAAGAAGUCGUCCCCGCGCAGUUAGGGGCAGCUGGCUCUGGCUCCUUGCUCUGCCCCGGCAGGCUGGAGGCAGCGGCACCGUCGGCCGGAGGUUUCCACGCUGGCGCCGGCGCUCAUGCUUAGAGAACUGGGAUUCUGCAGUGCUGGGUACCAGCUCACCGUGCACCCCGGGGAGGAGAGGAUGGAGGCAGCCUCGGUCCCGUGCUGGCUCCGAGCCUGACUGGAGUCCUGGGUGUAGAGGCAUCGCUCCCCAGCGGCAGGCGUGCAGAGACAGGAGGGCUGGUGCCCGUCGGCGGUUUCCAAUAAAAGGUGUUUGUCAGA